AUGGAUGUAAUCUCGGAUGACACGACAGAAGACACACCUUGGAGUAUGAUGUUUGCAGAUGAUUUGGUCUUGUGUGAUGAGAAGAGAGAACAUCUGGAAGGAAGACUAGAAGAGUGGAGAAGAAUAUUAGAAGAUGUUGGCUUGAAAGUUAGUAGAGCCAAGACGGAGUACCUCCCACCGAGUGGCUGCAUAGGAAACAUCAAGCUAAGAGAAUAUGCUGGACCCGGAAAUACAGAUCUACCAAAGUGCGAGACAUUUAAGUACCUCGGGACCACCAUCCAUCAGGAUGGCAGUUGCAAGACCGAGGUUGAACUACGGAUUAGCCGGGCAUGGAAUAAAUGGAGAGAGUUAACGGGAGUGCUCUGUGAUAAGAAGAUGCCGAAGAAACUGAAGAUCCUCAUCUACAGAACCGUGAUACGCCCAGUGCUUCUGUAUGGGAAUGAAACAUGGCCUGUUACAGACUACCUAGCAGAGAAGAUCAGUGUAUGCGAGAUGAGAAUGAUACGCUAUUGUCUUGGAGUCAGCCUGGAGGAGCACAGAACAAAUGAAAGCAUAAGAGAAGAAGCGAAUGUCAUGAGUAUACUAAAAUUGAUGAGAAGAAGCGAAUGUCAUGAGUAUACUAAAAUUGAUGAGAAGAAAAAGACUGCAGUGGUUCGGACAUGUAUGCCGGCGUGA